ACUUCUACACAGCUAAGUUCCUACAGUUGUAAUUACAAACAAGAAAUUAAACCAAAGUUUUACUAUUGUUAUUUUCAUCAAAAACAGCAACAAUGGUGGUCUUAACAAAACCUGCCAUUGAUCACUUUUCUAUAGUCAACAACUCUUACAAAGCCCCCUCUUUCUUCAAUGAUAUUCCUGUCAUUGACCUCUCUAAACCUGACUCCAAGAAUCUCAUUGUUAAGGCUUGCGAAGAAUUCGGAUUCUUCAAAGUCAUAAACCAUAAUGUCCCUAUGGAAUUCAUAAGUAAACUCGAAUCAGAAGCAAUCAAAUUCUUCUCUUCUCCCCUUUCUGAGAAACUAAAAGCAGGGCCUGCUGACCCAUUUGGCUAUGGCAAUAAACAGAUUGGACAAAAUGGCGAUAUCGGUUGGGUUGAAUACAUUCUCCUUUCAACAAAUUCUGAAUUCAAUUACCAGAAAUUUGCAUCUAUAUUAGGUGUAAAUCCAGAAAACAUUAGAGCUGCAGUGAAUGAUUAUGUGUCAGCAGUGAAGAAAAUGUCAUGUGAGAUUCUUGAAAUGGUAGCGGAGGGAUUAAAGAUUCAUCCGAUGAAUGUUUUCAGUAAGCUUUUGAUGGAUAAAAAGAGUGACUCUGUUUUCAGGCUCAAUCAUUAUCCUCCAUGUCCUGAUAUUCAAGAAUUCAAUGACAAAAAUUUGAUUGGAUUUGGAGAACACACCGAUCCACAAAUCCUAUCGGUUUUAAGAUCCAACAAUACUUCCGGCCUUCAAAUUUUACUCAAAAAUGGCCACUGGAUUUCCGUUCCACCUGAUCAGAAUUCAUUUUUCAUCAAUGUUGGUGACUCGUUGCAGGUGAUGACUAAUGGGAGAUUUAAGAGUGUGAAGCAUAGGGUAUUGACAAACAGUGUGAAAUCAAGACUAUCAAUGAUAUAUUUUGGAGGACCACCAUUGAGUGAAAAAAUAGCACCAUUGCCAUCACUAAUGGAAGGAAAAGACAGUUUAUACAAAGAGUUUACAUGGUUUGAGUACAAAAAAACUGCUUACAAGACUAGACUGGCUGAUAAUAGGUUGGUCCUUUUUGAGAAAAGCUAAUGUAUAUAAUUUAAACUCUUGAUAAAAUAGCAACAUCCAAGGGUCCAACUCUUUAGGAAGGAUCUGUUGUAAUGUUAGAUUGAUGUUUUAUAAUAGUAGUUCAAAGUCAUUAUCAUCUAUUAUACAUAUUCCUCGUGGCGGUGGAAAUGGUCUACUCUGUUCAUUAACUACUUUUCUUAUUAGGAAUGCUUAU